AUGGUUAAUGAACUUAGCGAAGACGUGAUUAAUCAAAUAAAAGAUUUUGAUCGGUAUCAAUUAACCGCAGAACAAAAUUCAUUGAUUAAUAAAUUAAUACCUGAUGAAAAGUUGAGAGAACGAUACAUGUAUUAUGGAUUAUGUGAAAUAUGCGGUCAACCUUACACUAAUGGCCCUAGUUUUGAUAAUUGGAACGUCAAGAACAUCGAUGUCAAAGUGGAUGUCGUCUUAAAACAUUUAAAUAAUUCCCAAAAUAUCAGCGAGGAAUUUUUACAAGAG